AUGGCGCGGAGAAGCUCAAAGUCCUCGACGGCAUCACCGACCACCUCCACUCCGAGCCCUCACAAUCGGUCCUCGUCAAUUUCAAAGGGUUCCAAGAUUGUUCAGUUCUUUUCUUCGUCGCCAAAGUCCAGCGUCACGCAUAGUUCGCUGCAUUCAGCUCCGUUCUACCCCCCAACCUCCUUACCGACUAUUUCGCUGUCAUCGGCGAUCAGCAAUACGCAGCCUUCUUUCAUCCUUCCGGAUACUGAUUCACUGCAUCACGCGACCUCGACCUCGCUAGAUACGGCUAUGUAUUCGAAGCGUACCGCUGCUCAAUAUGGCCCCAUCUCGGACCCAUCGCACAAGCAUGUGUCAGUUCAUCCCAAGGGAAUGACAGUACCCGACCCAGUCGAUGAUGAGCCUCCUUACUACUAUCUCUUCACGACCUACCUGUCGUACUUGAUCCUCAUCGUCUUCGGACAUGUCCGAGAUUUCCUCGGUAAGAGGUUCAGGAGAGACAAGUACCACCACCUCCGCGAACGCGACGGUUAUGCGCCUCUCAACAGCGAUUUCGACAACUUUUAUGUCCGUCGACUCAAGCAGCGUAUCAACGACUGUUUCUCGCGUCCCGUGACUGGUGUUCCCGGUCGUAACAUCACCCUUCUCGACCGUUACUCUGUGGAUAACAAGCUUACGUUCAAGUUGACUGGAAGCACAACUGAAUGUUUGAACAUGAGUUCUUACAACUAUCUUGGUUUCGCGCAGAGUGAGGGACCGUGUGCGGAUGCUGUUGAGGAGACUACGAGGAAGUACGGUACUAGCAGUGGUGGUGCCAGAUCCGAGGCCGGUACGCUCGACCUUCACGUCAAGGUCGAGGACCUUAUAGCUCGUUUCGUUGGUAAGCCUGCCUCUAUGGUCUUCUCGAUGGGUUUCGGUACGAACGCUACUGCUUUCCCUGCUCUCGUCUCCAAGGGAUGUCUUGUCAUCUCCGAUGAGCUCAACCACUCUUCCAUCCGUUUCGGCGCUCGUCUUUCUGGUUCUUCCAUCCGCAUGUUCAAGCAUAACGACAUGCGUCACUUGGAGAAGGUCUUGCGUGAUGCUAUCUCUCAGGGCCAACCCCGUACUCACCGUCCCUGGAAGAAGAUUUUGGUCGCUGUCGAGGGGUUGUACUCUAUGGAGGGUACAAUGUGUAACCUCCCCGGUCUUGUUGAGUUGAAGCACCGCUACAAGUUCUUCUUGUACGUUGACGAGGCUCACUCUAUUGGUGCUCUUGGUCCUCGUGGACGUGGUGUCUGUGAUUACUUCAAUAUCGACCCGGCAGAGGUUGAUAUCCUCAUGGGUACUCUUACCAAGUCUUUUGGUGCUGCUGGUGGUUACAUUGCUGCGACGAAGCCUAUCCUCGAUAAGCUUCGUCUUACCAACGCCGGUUUCUUGCAUUCGGAGGCUAUGUCUCCUGUCGUCCUUCAGCAGAUCCAGACUUCGCUUCGUAUCAUCUCGGGCGAGAUUGGUGGUACCGAGGGCGAAGAGCGUCUUCAACGUCUCGCAUUUAACUCUCGUUAUCUCCGUGUCGGAUUGAAGCGUCUUGGCUUCAUUGUCGACGGUCACGAUGAUUCUCCUAUCGUUCCAUUGAGGUUGUACAACCCUGGCAAGAUGCCUGCUUUCUCGCACGAGAUGUUGAAGAGGAAGAUCGCGGUCGUUAUUGUCGGAUACCCGGCUACGCCUCUUGUGUCUUCCAGAGCGCGUUUCUGUGUUUCUGCGGCGCACAACAAGGAGGAUUUGGACAAGUUGUUGAAGGCGUGUGAUGAGAUUGGCGACGUUCUUCAGCUCAAGUUUUCUACGGGUAUUGCGGGAGCAGAUUUGGAUCAGUUCGGCAAGAUUGAUGACAAGCUUGUUGUUCCUCCUCGAUGGCCCAUUCAGAAGGUUAUUGCUAAGGGAGCGGAGGAUGCGAUUGGACAUAGGGCCCGGAUUGAGGUGGAUGGUCUUUAGGGAAGGAUACACGUGCACGGCAGCUUUAAUGAUCAGCUGGACAAGGACACUUACGCUUUACGGUAAUAGAACUUG